UUUAAAAGCAAAGGAGAAACAGAGCUAAAAAAAGGGGAAUUACAGAUGAAGAGUAGAUAGAUAUGAAUAUGAUGAAGUGGUUGAAGCUUGGCGCUAUAUAUAUAUACUGCUUUAUAAAGACACGCCUAUACAUAUAAAGAGGUCUGUAUCUAUAGGAUAAUUAGAGUGUAUAAACUUACAAAUAAAUGUAAUUAUUAUUAAUUUGUCAUUUGUUCUUCUGGAUGAUAAGUACACAAUGGAAACGCAAAGUGGGGUCCUCGUCUUUGUCCCCUCUCCGACGUGGCACUUACGGGGGGUUGCGUACGCCGUUUGUGUGGCUCCGUUUUCUUUCUUUGGAUUUGUUCUAUUUCUCUCUGUAAGUGGCGUUUAGAUUCAUUUUGAUUUAAGCUUUUGGGAAAUCGGUUUUUGAAAACUAAUAUUACAGAAAGUUGUAUGUGUUGGAAUAAUUUUUGGAAAAGUUUUUCGAGGAGUUCACGUAAAAAGAAUUUCUGAAACAAUGACAUGAAGCUAGAAUAUAGAGCAUAUGUCAAUCUUAAUAGCAUGUUAAAUUGGUUGAUCAUUUCAUUAGUAUUAGAUGUGCAUAUUAUUAUUUACCUAAUUUUAUCUUUAACGUGUUUGUUAGUCGUUGUGAACAUUUAUCUUUAGAUUGUUUCACCUUUGUAAUAAAUUAUUUUAAUUGAUUUUCCAAAGGAAAAAUAUUUUUUAAAAUCCAAAUAAUUUUAUUUUUUUUUGAGAAUUUUAUAUAACUUCUCAAAAGGUAAAAGGCUUGUUUUUUUCUUUUACUGGUUGCCUUAGUAAAGUAAUCUUUGAAGAGAAAGCUAUGGCACAACUGCUCACCUAUAAGUUGUGGGUUUGAAGAGUGAAACAAAUGGAAAACAUCGUAUUAUGUACGCCCUUUUUCCACCGUUUGAGCAUUAGCAAGUGCAAAUUAUGUGAGGAAAUGCCCUUUUCUAAACUAAAGGUUCUUUAAGUGUAAAACCUAACCGAACUCAUAAAUAAAAUCGGUCAUUAGAAUAAAACACUUAUGAUAAACACUGAACUAUUUGUAUAAGAAUAAGAUCAACAACUGAGUCUUAAAGAGUUCAAAGUGUUUAAGGACUAAAUAAUUUUUGGGCAAAAGAGAAAAAAGCCAUUUUUCCUUUUGCUACUUCCUCCUUUGCUGACUCCUUUGCUGACUCGGGAAGAUAAUUGAUAAGUUGGUGUGUCAGCUUAAAUGAUAUAGUUGAUGAAAUAGUGGAUCAAAAAAGAUGAAAAGAGAUGGAAUUUGGAGCAUAAGAUUGAAAAGUGAAGAACAAUGUCUUCACGGAGGUUAAUUGUGGAGCCAAAACUAGGGGUGCAAAAGUGCAUGAAAAAUGUUCUAAGUCGGAAAAAUUUGGAGCAAAGUCUUCCCAACUCCACAAUCUUGAUCGCCUCCACGAACUACUCCACGAUCUUAAAGGGCAUCUGAAGCAAAGAAUUGUGCACGAUCUUAAAGUCCCAUGCCAACCUGAGGACAGAUGGGUUCAAGGGACGAGAAAUACAGAAUUAUCUACAGCAGAACCGGCUAAAAAGACCGAGACAAACUCCAUUGCAGUAGUUGAGGCACCAGCUAUUUCUGAGGCUAGCCAAUCUGAAGAGCUAGCCUCCGUUAUACCUCCUACCAGUAUUCCAGUUAUAGGAACAUGGCUCUUCUUCCACAGCUGAGGGGCCUGUGAUCACCUCUUCAGGUACCACUGUCUUGCCUUUCAGGAACGUCAAAUUAAUCUGUGCCUGCUGUUCAGAAGACAAUGUAUGGCAAGCUCACCAAAAUAGAGGAAAGAUUGAGAGAACUAUGCAUGGCAAAAGUCAAUCUUUACAUCCACAGAACCAAUGAUGAAAAUACUAGAGCAAUUAUUGAAAACUCAAGCUGAGCAAGUAGAAAGAGAGAAAGCAAGGGAUGAGAACGAAAGAGAAAGAGAUAAAAAAAAAAACUAGCUAAAAUUGAAGAGACUAUUGCUAGUAUGGAGAAGAGGAUACAAAAGCUUGAGAAGUCAACAGAGUCUGAGGAUGUGAAAGAUAAGCUUACACAGUUGUCUACUGAUGUGAGGAUACUUAGGAAGGCAUGGGGUAAUUCAACAGAGGAAGGUGAAGAGUUGGAAGAUGAAGAUGAGUCAGAGAAAGAUCAAGAACAGGAUGACCCAGCUGAAGAAGUCCCUGAUGAUCAUAAGAGAGCAAGUGCAAUUGCAAUAUACAUGCACACAAUGGGACAAUCAAUUUCAGAAACGGAUAGAGACUUUCCAGAUAUACAUGAGCCAUCUGAGAUUGAGAUUGCUCCUCCACUUCAGAUCACCACAGAGAAUUUGACACAACAUCUACGGGUUGAGGACGAUAUCUUGGAGUCAGUAUCCGGGGCGUAUCAACCAAAUUAGUGGCUUCAACCAAACAUUAUUAAGAGGCCUUAAGCUUUUUUAAAGAAAAAAAAAAAUGAUGGUCACAUAUGUACUUUUCUUUAAGGUAAAUUUUUUAGUUUUAGGAUGCAAAGUUGUUAAUAAGUUUUUA